GGCUGAGGAAAAACGGCCUUGGCUGCGGGGCGGGCGGGCGCGGACGGAGUGAGGGACAGACAGCCCGCCUGCGCUGAAGGGAAACUGACAGGGCCGCCGCCCACGCUGAGGGAGGGACCGACAGGAGCAUCUGGCAGCGGGACCCAGGGCUUCCUUGGUUACUUUUUAUCAUCACUGUUCACCAAAGACCAGUUCAUCAUUGGCCUUGAAAAUUAUGCAGGUUCAUCUGGGCAGCAGACAUAAGGCAGUUGUAUAUCAGAGCCCUUGCUCCAAACAGCUCAUGAUACCAGGAACUGAAAAUGUACUGCUUUGGAUUGAUUAACAGGAUCAUGAAGAUAGCAAUGAGCAUAACUUCGUAGAAACUAUGUAUGAGGGCAUGACCUAAAUUCCAAUCUGGUCACAGACUAUCUGAAUGGAGAGACAUAUGGACAUCUCCUGGGUAGGACACCUGGACCAAGCAGCUCAUACCUCAAUCUGGAAUUUCCAAGGAAAUUCUAUUUCUUACAUUGAAAAACAUGUAUGGAAAGCAUACCGUUGGACUGAGACACUAAUUCUCAGUGAAAAUCUCCUGACUGAGUUACAUAAGGAUACAUUUGAAGGCCUGCUGUCCCUCCAGGUUUUGGAUGUAUCUUGCAAUAAAAUACGUUAUAUUGAAAGAAGGACAUUUGAAUCAUUACCUUUUGUGAAGUAUAUGAACCUUGGGUGCAAUUUACUCAUUGAGCUGAGCUUUGGAACAUUUCAAGCAUGGCAUGGAAUGCAGUUUUUACAGAAGUUAAUUCUCAGCCGUAACCCUCUGACAGUUGUUGAAGAUCCUUACUUUUAUAAGUUGCCAGCGUUAAAAUAUCUAGACCUGGGAACAACCCAAGUGCCACUGAAGGCGCUUGAGAACAUCCUCAUGAUGACUCUGGAGCUGGAACAUCUGAUCUUGCCUAAACACAUGGUCUGCUGCCUCUGCAAAUAUAAAGCUGAUAUUGAGAUUGUCUGCAAGACAAUCAAACUGCAUUGUCAUAUUGGAUGUCUGAUAAACACCACAUAUUGUCUGGAGGCCUCUAUAGGGAACCCAGAAGGACCGUUCAUGAAGGUGUUGCAGUCCCGGAAAGAGAACACCAGCACCGAGCUUGCUGUUGAACCCGAAAGCAGCGCUUUAGAAAAAGAUGCUCUUAGCUCUUCAGGCUUCAUGAAUGAACAGCUGGACUUUAACGAUGAAAGUGAUGUUAUUAGUGCCCUAAAUUACAUACUGCCAUAUUUCUCAGAGGGAAAUCUGGAAGAUGUAGUGUCAACGUUGUUACCAUUCAUUAAAGUGCUGUUUUCUAAUAUACAAAGUACAGAUAAUUCACUGGAACCCUACAAAAAUGAUUCGAGGAGUCUUGCUCUUAACCCUGUACCAAAGGCAAGUAAGAUGGCUUACAAAAAUAAACUGAAUAAGCUUUAUUUUCUAGAGAAUUUGUUAGAUGCAGAAAUCGAUGAGGUUAGAAAGAAAGAGAAAACCGCCAUGCUUAUGCAGCAGUCUAGCCGCUUGGGUUCCAAAUUUAAACGACGGAUAUUUGAAAAGAGAUGGGAACCUGCCCAGGCAGAGGAAAGCAGUCUUGCAGAGAUUGAGAAGGCAGAGAAAAGGCUCCACAGGAUGAACAGAGUGCUCCAGGGGACAGGAAGCAUACAGAAAAGGCAUUUCAAGGACGUGAGUGCCAAGAGCCUGUGGAGCAAGCAGAGUGACCACACACCUGUGGAGAACAUCGCCAAAGACGGGCAGCUCAGGAGCCCACCCACAACAGAGCUGCAGCAGCUCCAUCUGGGGCAGAAGCCCAGGAAGUCAGGGGGAAAUUCCUUCCACUCAGAGCCCUUGCUCCCAAAGGAACACAGGGAGGCAGUGUCUUCUCCCACAGAACAAUCGCUGGUGGACGAGGCUCCCACUACAAAGUCUCUACCUGAGUUCAUAGACAGACGAAAAGACUUGUCUUACACCAUUUAUGUUUUAGAAAGUGCAAAUGCCAAUGUGAAAAGAACGAAGGGGUCUAAUCCUAAUUUACAGUCUGAAGAGAGACAUCGAAACCUUAGGAAGAAAAAGUCUCAUUUCCAGUUGAUUGCAAAGAAGCCAGCAUCCUCUGCAGUGAGGAGCCUGGUAAAUUCCCCUGCGGGAAGGGUCUUUUCAUCUUUAGGAGACCUGAGUUAUGCAGGAAAGCCUUUUUCAGAAUUAUAUGCUGCUUCAGAACCUUCUACAGAAAAACCACCUGAAGAAAAUCAUACUACAACAGUUAAUACAGUUAAUACUGGAGGAAACAGCCUCAAACCAAACACCACUACUGUGCCUGAAGGAGCUGCAUCAGAGACUACAACCCCUGAGAAUCCGGCUACAGAGUCCAAUGUGACUACAUCCGAUUUAAUUACAACUGUUAAGCAAACCAGUGAGCCACCGUUAGACUUCAUCUUGGGGGCUCACUCACAUGUCCAUUUCAAAGAAAAUGAGUACCCAUUGGUGAUGUCACCAGGUGAUCAGUUUGAAUCUCAUCUAAACAAGCAGCUGCGGCCCCUUAUCCCCAACAAUAACGUGAGGAGGCUUAUUUCUCAUGUUAUCAGGACUUUGAAGAUGGACUGCACUGACUCCCACGUGCAACUGUCCUGUGCCAAGCUCAUCUCCAGAACAGGGCUCCUGAUGAAGCUUCUCAGUGAGCAACAAGAAUUCAAGUUGUCCAGGACUGACUGGGAUACAGAGCAGUGGAAAACCGAAAACUACAUCAAUGAGAGCACAGAAGCCCAAGGUGAACAGAAGGGUCUGGAACCAAGUCAGCUCACAAAAGCAGUUCCAGGAUAUGGCUACAACAACAAAGUCAUCUUGGCAAUAUCUGUAACUGUAGUCGUGACAGUUUUGAUUAUCAUUUUCUGUCUCAUUGAGGUUUAUUCUCACAGAGCAACAAGAGAGGGAGAUGAAGAAAAGUCCACAAGGGGUAAGAAAUCCUACAAGGACAGUGAGAGUCAGGAAGGAUUUUUCUGGCUAAGGUGGCCACUAUGGCUUAGGGAUAUGUAUAGGCCGCUGCAUGACACACGCAAGAAAAACAUGGCUCAGGAUCUACAGGACAAGGAGUCCUCUGGAGAGGAGGAGAUUUUCAAUAAGAAUGUACCAAGGAAGGGCAGGGAAGAAGUGGUGGUGGUUCAGACCCGAGUGUCGACCACCAAUGCAGAAGAGAGCGAAGCAGCCGACGCUGACACCACAGAGUGAGCUGCUACCCUUUAUUAAUAAAUUAUUUUUUGUAGA